CUCGUGGUGGUGGUAAAUUUAGUGAGGUCUUAUGAGGCACAUCUUGAAAUGUGCAAAACAUACCGGCCAAUGCACAUCUAUGUGCCUGUACUUUUCUGCCAGAUGAUAUGGAUAAAUUGUUCACUUUUGUUAGUAGUUUAUACAGACUCUGUGCUAAAGCACACUUCUACUUGAAAUGUUCCUGGUGCCUUGCUGUUUUUAAAGUGAGUAUUUAGGAAAGAUGGACACACAUAUUUGGUCGGUUAUUGUAACUUCAGUUACAUGUUAGGUGAUGCAAUUAAUAGCUGCAUAUUGCCUUUCUCCAAGAAAGGGAAUAAGUUGUUAAAUGUUGCUGGAAUAUGUUUAGUACAAGAUGCUCUAAUCACUACAGGGAAAAUUAUUAAAACUUUAGAUCUAAUUAAAGUCGGUGCUUUUGGAAGUGGGAAGAAUAAAAAAUGCAUACCCCUAGCUGCAAGGUGUAUGUCUACAUGUGUGGUAGCAUAUAGAGUAGACACCGCACACCUCGUUAGCACAAAUAUAAAGAGCAGUGUAGACAGUGAAGCACUGCUUGGCUGAAUAGACAUAUGCCAGAACCCUAUAUCUACCCUACAUGGAUCUCUACACACCCAAGCAGUGCCCCCCAUGUCUACACUGCCACAUGUAGCUACAUAUUGUGGUGUGGACACAGACUGUUUUUCACUGCUGUGUGUAGCUAUAUGCAAUAUACCCUACAUGCCACUAGAAGCAUACACAAGGGCUAGGAAAGGCUUGCUUUCCAAUCAUCUAAAAGACUAUUACUCUGCAUUGUCAGUCUAGAGUUCCUGCUGGGAACUAGCAUUAGAAUAGCAUUUCUUAUCAGUGGAAAUAAUGAACUGGUAGCACGUUUUUCAAAAAUCUGUUUAAAAUAUCUUGAAUGUAUAUGUAUGAUGUUAAAAAAAUUGAGUUUUAUUCCAAGAAAACUGUAGAAUUGCUGCAUCUCUUCUAUUCCAAUCUCCAUUUCAAAGGGAAGGAGAACUAAAACAAAGUGGCUCUUCUAGAUGUUUUUUUAACUAAAAAUGACACAUGAGAACUGCAAACUGUUGAUGUGAAAGCCUUUUACUAUGUGUAGAUUUUUGUGCUUUAUUUAAAAAUCUUGACUUUUUUUUCCUGCUGUCUUGCUGAAAUGUCUACAGUUGGCCUAAAAUAUAACUGCUGUCAACACUUUAGAUAGCUGGCUAGUCAGUAAGAUUUUUACUGAAAAUUACCAACACCAUGUCUUAUCAUAUUGUUAGUGAAUAUGAUGGAAACAUGGUACAACUGCCUAGCGGGAAGUUCCAAAUGGGAACAAAUUCACCUGACGGUAAAAAUGAAGGGCCUCUCCAGGAGGUGACAGUGAAGUCAUUUGGUAUUGACAAAUAUCCUGUCACCAACCGGGAUUUCAGGGAGUUUGUUCGAGAAAAGAAAUAUAAAACAGAAGCAGAAGCCUUCGGCUGGAGUUUUGUCUUUGAGGAUUUUGUAUCCGAAGAGCUGAAAAAAAAAGUGACCCAAAAACUGGAGUCUGCCCCUUGGUGGUUGCCGAUUGACAAUGCAUUUUGGCGACAGCCAGCAGGUCCAGGAUCUGGGAUAAAAACCAAGCUGGACUACCCUGUGCUACACGUGAGCUGGAACGAUGCACAGGCAUACUGCAAGUGGAAAGGGAAGAGACUCCCUACUGAGGCAGAAUGGGAAUUUGCUGCAAGGGGAGGACUAGAGAGCAGAGUAUAUCCUUGGGGGAACAAGUUUCAACCAAAUCGUACAAAUCUCUGGCAGGGAAUCUUCCCAAAGGUCGAUACGGCAGAAGAUGGUUACCAUGGUGUUUCCCCAGUGAAUGCAUUCUCUCCUCAGAACAAUUAUGGGCUCUAUGACCUGUUAGGAAACACCUGGGAAUGGACUGCAUCAGAGUAUCAACCUCAUGGACCUGUAUCAAGGCAGCGUGCUCAGAAAAUGCACGUCCUGCGAGGUGCAUCUUGGAUUGACACAGUAGAUGGAUCGGCCAAUCACAAAGCUCGUGUUACCACUAGGAUGGGAAACACACCAGACUCUGCCUCAGAUAACCUGGGUUUCCGCUGUGCUGCUCACAUCCUGAGUCGGAAAACAGAGAGUAAAACAGAGCUAUGAUGACAUCACUUAUUGGAAUGGUCCGGAGACGUUUUCUCCCGUGGAGAUGCCAGCAAUUCCCUGAGCUGUGUUGGAUCGAAGUUUGGCGAGUUUUAAAGAUAAACAUUUGCUACUAAU